CUGACUGAUUCCAAGGCUGAACCUCCGACUAACCGCUUGUCCUGCCUUCGUUCCGGCCCUGCCCUGCCCAGACCAGACCAGAUCAGUCCUGUCUGGCCCGUCCUGACCACCACCAUGGCCCAAGCUGAUAUUGCCCUGAUUGGACUGGCUGUCAUGGGCCAGAACCUAGUUUUAAACAUGAAUGACCACGGCUUUGUGGUGUGUGCUUUUAAUAGAACGGUCUCCAAAGUUGAUGACUUCUUGGCCAAUGAGGCAAAGGGGACCAAGGUGGUUGGAGCUCAUUCCCUGGAGGAAAUGGUGUCCAAACUGAAGAAGCCUCGCCGGAUCAUCCUGCUCGUCAAGGCUGGCCAGGCUGUGGAUGAUUUUAUUGUGAAACUGGUGCCCUUAUUGGAAGCCGGGGACAUUAUCAUUGAUGGGGGGAAUUCAGAAUAUAGAGACACUACAAGGCGAUGCCAAGACCUCAAGGCCAAGGGCAUCUUGUUUGUGGGAAGUGGUGUUAGUGGUGGAGAGGACGGGGCCCGCUACGGGCCAUCUCUCAUGCCUGGAGGCAACAAAGAAGCUUGGCCACACAUCAAGACUAUCUUCCAAAGCAUCGCUGCCAAAGUGGGCACUGGGGAACCUUGCUGUGAUUGGGUGGGAGAGGAGGGUGCUGGUCACUUUGUCAAGAUGGUGCACAAUGGGAUAGAAUAUGGAGACAUGCAGCUGAUUUGUGAAGCCUACCACCUGAUGAAAGAUAUCCUGGGCAUGGAGCACAAUGAGAUGGCCACGGUGUUCGAAGAAUGGAAUAAGACAGAGCUGGACUCUUUCCUGAUUGAAAUCACCGCCAACAUCCUUAAGUUCCAAGAUCCUGAUGGCCAACACCUCCUGCCCAAGAUCAGGGACAGUGCCGGCCAGAAGGGCACUGGGAAGUGGACGGCCAUCUCGGCGCUGGAGUACGGGGUCCCCGUCACCCUCAUUGGAGAAGCCGUCUUUGCCCGAUGCCUGUCAUCUUUAAAGGAUGAGCGGAUCCAAGCCAGCAAGAAGUUGGUGGGCCCCCCGAAGACUAAGUUUGGGGGUGAUAAGAAGUCCUUCCUGGAGGACAUCCGAAAGGCCCUCUAUGCCUCCAAGAUCAUCUCUUACACCCAAGGAUUUAUGCUCUUGGGACAGGCAGCCAAAGAGUUCGGUUGGACGCUCAAUUAUGGUGGAAUUGCCCUGAUGUGGAGGGGCGGCUGCAUCAUCCGCAGGUGAGAGAGUGCCCUGAACUUCCUGACGGUUGGCCCACUAGUGGAGGCAGCUCUUCUCCCCAUCUGAGAUUGGGGACAGCCCCCG